AGAGCGCCAUUUUCUCUUGUUUCCCAAACAAGGAAGAAGAUUACUAAACCAACUUCCGGGAAAACAGCGACACAUGGCGCGUUAACUUUUAAAGUCCAUUUUCUCGGUCUAUAUGUGCUCCUGUGGCUCGCAGCCAUGACGAGGUGGGCGCGGGCCAACAACGUCCACAAGCACAAGGCGGUCGAGGCCACGCCCUGGAGUCAGCUGAGGGCGAGCGGGGGCCCCAAAGGCGGUGGAGAACCUCAGAGGAACCACGCCAGAGGAACCCAGCCGAGCGGCUCCGGGGUGAAGAAGGCCAACCGGAAGAAGAAGGACUACACGGACCGAGACGUCAACGGCUUCCUGGAGUUUCUGCAGCAGAGCGGACAGACGACGACGACGGCGGACGGGCAGGAGGAGCUGAGGCAGGAGGUGGAGGGGGCCUUGAGGAAGGACCAGAGGAGAGAAAACAGGAGGCUCAAGAGGCAGACGGACAAGAAGAGCAAAAUGCUGUGCUUCAACUGCAGGAAGCCCGGCCACGGCCUGGCCGACUGUCCCGAGGCCGAGCGGGACCGCGAGAUGGGCCGCGGCAUCUGCUACCGGUGCGGAUCCACCGAGCAUGAGAUCCAGCGCUGCCGGGCCAAAGUGGACCCCGCCGUCGGCGACUUCCCGUACGCCAAGUGCUUCAUCUGCAGUCAGACGGGACAUUUGUCGCGCUCCUGCCCGGACAACCCCAAAGGCCUCUACGCUCAAGGAGGAAGCUGUCGUGUUUGCGGAUCAGUGGAACAUUUCCAGAAGGACUGUCCCGAACAUCAAGCCUCAAGUCAGAGCGUGACGUUGGGCUGGCUGUCCAACAACAUGAGCGCCGACCACGAGGACGUCCACGUCCCCGUCACCAGAAGCAAGCCCGAGCGCGGCAAAGUGGUCGUCUUCUGAUCACGCGGAAUCUCAUUUCUUUGCACAAUCAUUGUUUUGUCUUGAAGGAUGUGAAAUAAACCGACACUUGAUUUUCUUCCUCUUUU